UUUGAGCGGCUCAACAUGAGCGGAGGACCGGAGCACGAGCGCGGCGUGCAGACGGAGCGCGCGCCUUCCCGAGCGGGACGUCUGCACGGUGGAGUUACAGCAGUGCUGAUUAUGAUGAUGCGCGCGGCGCACGGAGCGACGCGGCGCGCGGCGCACGGUGACCGACACGAGGACGCGGCAGCUGCGCGGGGCGAGGAGGAGCGAUGAGGAGGAGAGCUAACGGGGUGCGUGCGCUCUCGCGUGCCCGGUGUCCGGUGCCAGUGUCAGGAGCUAUAGGAGGAGAAGAAGAUGAACUAGUGUUAUAAUUAAUAUCUUGUCUUGUCUCUGAUAGAGAGAGAAAAAGAAUGUGUGUGUGGGCUAUUAUGAGUGUGUGAGAGAGCUCGUGCGUGCGUGCAUUUGUGUGCGUGUGUGUGUCUCUGAGUAAUUGUCCACCACCGCAUAUACAUCAAAGAGCGCGGCGCGUGCGGGACUGAGGGCAGCCCGGCUGGAUGGGGCAGGUCGCCGCGGUGCCCCCCCGGACCCCAUGGAGACAUGGCAUAUAGGGUCCUGUCCAGCCGCCUCGCGCCGCCCUCCAACAAGCUGAGCCGGAGGUUCGUCUUCGUGUUCACGCUCUCGCUCUCCUUCACCUAUCUCUGCUACAGCGCGCUCUUCUGCUCGCGCGCCGUCAUGCCGCGGCUGCCCGGCCUCGAGGAGCACGGCUGCGUGCGCGCGGAGAGCGCCGGCGCCAAGAAGCUGCUGCAGAAAGCGCCGUUUUGCGCAGCGCAGCAGAGCACGCGCACACCAACGCCGCCGAGCCCCGCGCGCAACCAGACCCACACCGCCAAGCGCCAGCCCGCCGCGCAACCCGCGGAAAAAACCGCGCGCAACGGCACGAGCGCGCAGCGCUACGGCAACAAGAAGCUGCCCAACGCGCUGAUCGUGGGCGUGAAGAAGGGCGGCACGAGGGCCGUGCUGGAGUUCAUCCGCAUUCACCCGGACGUUCGCGCGGUGGGAACCGAGCCGCACUUCUUUGACAGGAACUAUGACAGAGGCUUGGACUGGUACAGAAGUCUGAUGCCGCGGACGCUGGACAGCCAGAUCACCAUGGAGAAGACCCCCAGCUACUUCGUGACCCGGGAAGCCCCCCGGCGCAUCGCCAGCAUGUGCAGGGACACCAAACUCAUCGUGGUGGUCCGGAACCCAGUGACUCGAGCCAUCUCGGACUACACGCAGACUCUGUCCAAAAAGCCUGACAUCCCCACCUUCGAGGAGCUGGCCUUCAAGAACCGGAGCCAGGGGCUGGUGGACACGUCCUGGAACGCCAUCCGGAUCGGCAUGUACAUCCUGCACCUGGAGAACUGGCUGCAGUACUUCCGGCUCUCGCAGAUCCACUUCGUGAGCGGCGAGCGGCUCAUCACGGACCCUGCCGGGGAGCUGGGCCGAGUGCAGGACUUCCUGGGCCUGAAGCGCAUCAUCACGGACAAGCACUUCUACUUCAACCGAACAAAAGGCUUCCCGUGCCUGAAGAAGCCCGAGAGCAGCAGCCUUCCACGCUGCCUCGGGAAGUCCAAGGGCAGGACGCACGUGCAGAUCGACCAGGAGGUCAUUGAGCAGCUGCGGGACUUUUAUAGACCUUUCAACAUCAAGUUUUACGAAAUGGUAGGACACGACUUCAGGUGGGACUGACGGGGGCUGAGGAAUAUGAACAGGAGACCCUCUUGUUAAUCAGUGAACGAGUCGUCCAAUCAGAUCUGCCGAUAAGCACCGGUUUGAACUAGGGGUGGGCGAUAUGGCCCUAUAAUAAUAUCACAAUAUUUUAUGGUAUUUUCGUGAUAACGAUACUUUUGGGAAUUUGACAAAAUAUUGAAUUAAAAAAAUAUAUAUA